UUGCUGUAAAACAAUUAAAUCAUGACGGGCAUCAAGGUUUUCAAGAAUUUGUGACGGAGGUGCUUAUGCUUAGCCUCCUCCACCAUUCUAAUCUCGUUAACUUGAUUGGCUAUUGCACCGAUGGUGAGCAGAGGCUGUUGGUGUAUGAAUAUAUGCCCAUGGGUAGCCUUGAAGAUCAUCUUUUUGCAGCGGAUCCUACAUUGAAUAAUAAGGAAGGAGGGCUAAGUUGGAUAACUCGAAUGAAGAUCGCGGCCGGGGCUGCUCGUGGGCUGGAGUAUCUCCAUUGCAAAGCAAAUCCACCUGUUAUCUAUCGCGACUUGAAAUCGGCGAAUAUCUUAUUAGACAAUGAUUUCAACCCAAAACUCUCAGAUUUUGGGCUCGCCAAGCUAGGGCCUGUUGGAGACAACACCCAUGUUUCCACCAGAGUCAUGGGAACGUACGGCUACUGCGCCCCCGAAUAUGCCAUGAGUGGAAAAUUAACUCUUAAAUCCGAUAUUUACAGCUUUGGUGUUGUCUUGCUCGAGUUGAUCACUGGUCGUAAGGCCAUGGAUUUCACUAGAAAACAAGGCAGCCAAAACUUAGUUUCAUGGGCUCGUGCUUUCUUAAGUGACAGGAAAAAGUUUAGGCAAAUGGUUGACCCUCGAUUGCGGGGAAGCUAUCCUGUGCGUUGCAUGCAUCAUGCGAUUUGUAUAACCGCAAUGUGUCUCCAGGACCAACCAAUUUUCCGUCCACAUGUUCGUGAUAUUGUUGCUGCACUAGAUUACAUAGUUUCUCAGAGUAUUCUUGAACUCGAUAAGCAUGGAAGACUGUCUGACAUCAACUCAUCACAACAAGAACCACAACCGCAAAUUGCCACAAGUUAAUCAAUUUUCAAUGGAAUAAUAAUCACGUUCUCUGACAAUAUUGAUUAAUUGGCGAGUCCAUCAACUUCUGCUAGUGGUUUGCGCCGCCAUAUAAUAUAGGUUUCCAUAUACAAGAUAUAUAUACACUUUGAAAUAGAAUAGUGAAAAUAGAAAAACAUUGUUCAUACAUCAA